AAAGCUAGUUGGGACCCGGCAGGGGGCGGGCGCGUAGACCGGUCGUUUGAGCUUGAAGACGGUGAAAAAACUAUCUGGGUUGAACCGCUGAGCAGAAAGUCUUUUUCAGGGGUCCAGCCAGGAGGCAGAUUCCCGAUGGUGUCCAUGACUUUCAAGCGGAGCCGCAGCGACCGGUUCUACAGCACCCGGUGCUGCGGCUGUUGCCAUGUCCGCACCGGAACGAUCAUCCUGGGGACCUGGUAUAUGGUGGUAAACCUAUUGAUGGCAAUUUUGCUGACUGUGGAGGUGACUCAUCCAAACUCAUUGCCAACUGUCAACAUUCAGUAUGAAGUCAUUGGUAAUUACUAUUCAUCUGAGAGGAUGGCUGAUAAUGCCUGUGUUCUUUUUGCCGUCUCUGUUCUUAUGUUUAUAAUCAGUUCAAUGCUGGUAUAUGGAGCAAUUUCUUAUCAAGUGGGUUGGCUGAUUCCAUUCUUUUGUUACCGCCUUUUUGACUUCGUUCUCAGUUGCCUGGUUGCUAUCAGCUCUCUUACUUAUUUGCCAAGAAUCAAAGAAUAUCUGGAUCAAUUACCUGAUUUUCCCUACAAAGAUGACCUCCUGGCAUUAGAUUCCAGUUGCCUCCUGUUCAUUGUUCUUGCAUUCUUUGUCUUAUUCAUUAUCUUUAAGGCUUAUCUAAUAAACUGUGUUUGGAAUUGUUAUAAAUACAUCAACAACAGAAACUUGCCAGAGAUUGCUGUGUACCCUGCCUUUGAAGCACCUCCACAGUACAUUUUGCCAACUUAUGAAAUGGCAGUGAAGAUGCCUGAAAAAGAACCACCGCCUCCUUACAUACCUGCCUGAAGAAAUUCUGCCUUUUCAAUAAACCCUAUACCAGCUUUUUGUCUUGUUUAUUUUACAGAAUGCUGCAAUACAGGGCUCUUCAAACUUAUUUGAUAUAAAAUACAUUUUAUUCAUUUAAGCAUUUGUUUUCAAAACACUAAGGAGCUUUUUGGACAUCUUUUCAAAGUAAUUUUUUGUUAUUGUUGUUAAGUCUAUACAUUUAACUAGUUUUUGCAGACAAUCUGGGUUAGGUAGGAAUAAAGUGCCAUUGUUGGCUGUUAUUUGGGGGGCGGGAAGGGAGUAUUCUCCAUAUAUUUUCUUUUAUAACUUUGCACUUUCUUUAUAUAAUAGUUUGCAUUAUGGUUAUUAGCUGCGCUGGAUACUUUCAGGAAGAAUGAAUAAAAUAUUUAGAGUGAGUGAAUUGGGUAUAAGACCUGAAGUUUUCAGUGAAGAAACAAAAAAUAUAUCACAUUUUGACUUGACUGUGUAAGAUGACGGUUGCAUGUUUCUAAUUUGUAUUUUCCAACUUUGUGAUAAGAUGCUUUAAUAAAUCUCUUAAAUAUUUA